GGCGGUCCGCGCGAUUCGAUUCCAAUAGGAGACGAGCAUCCGCGAAGCAAAGGUCCUAUUUUCAGGCCGAAGGCCGGACGCUCAUCUCGCGAGUGUCAUCUCGUUACACAUCGCAAACCAAGUUUUUGAAGUCUUUAUCGCGCAACAUCCCUUUAUAUUUCCCGACAGCCCGACAGCUCUGGAUUCGCACCCGGACAGAUAUUACACGUACCUUGCAAACACUGCGAAGCGUGAAAAGUACCGACAACAUUCGACGGAAAAAUAAGUCGAGUAAACACAAAACAUCCAAAUUCCGAUGAUGAAGAAAGACCGUAUACGCACUUUCGUAGGAAUAAAUAAAUCAUUCAAUCGACAAAUAAAUAAACAAACAAAUCUAAAUUCAAGGCGCAUGAAGAGCAGCGCAAAUAAAAAUAAAAGCUUGUCGCGGUAAAAGUAAAUAUAAAAAUCCUAGCCCCAAGCCCGAGGAGUAUCGCAGACUUCCGAGUAGAAGUAACUAGAUAAAUUCAGACCGCAAAACUAAAGUACGCUAGCUGCUCAUAGACACCCUCGCGACGGAAACGAUGACCGAGCCGCUGCGCCAGGGCGGAAAUGAAGCGCGCCCGACUCCCGACAGAAUCUUCCGCUUCGUGUGCCGCUUCGGUCCUCGACACUUGUGACGUUACAUCGCGAUACUCUCGCUUCCAUGCACCCACGACAGCCCGAUGGGACCGAGUUCUCGCGAGACGUUCGCUGAGACGAGCUUGUCAAAUCGGGAUAGAUCGUCGUAGACUCUGCGCGGCGCGUCUUUCCAGUCUCGAUUCUGCUUCGCGGUUGAACCGCGAGAGACAACCCGCGCGCGUCGUCGUCGUCGUCGUCGUCAUCACGUCGCGUCACGUCUAUCGGAGACCAGCGUAGCACGGCGAGGUGGGGUACAGAUAUAGCCAGUCCGACGGUUUCGACGUGAACAUCCAACCCACCGUCGGCCGCUCGCAGCUCGGCUCGGCUGGCUCGCUCGCUCGUUCGCUCGCUCGCAUCGCCAGUCAAGCUGAAACCGCGAAGGACCGCGAUAGGAGAGUACGCGGCGCGCACGCGUGCCGCUCACGGCUGUCGAGCGUUUCACCGUGUUUCUCGACGCCGCGAUAUAGAUUGCGGCGGUGGGCUGACUCUCCGCGAUACACAGUGCAGCCGCGGUGUGACCUGUCAAGCUCUGACCUCCGUCGAAGCCCGCGACCCUCGGAGGGUGCGGCCGUUCUCGGCCGGGGGGCGUGCUGCUUUCGGUGUUUGUGCUUUCGGCGAUAAACGCGUACGAGGUGAAACGAGGCGCGAGCGCGAGCGCGGAGAUGCGCGAUAACGCACGGUGACGCGCGUGCUGCACGGCUGUUUGGCGGCCGCAUACGCCUUCCCGCCGAAGGUGGAGAGACCGAUGGCGUCGCACAGCACGACCGCGAGCCAACACGGCCAUGGCAACAGUAUGCAGCACGGCGCGUACUCUUCCGGCAGUCAAACCUCCCUGUCGACGUCCUACAUCACCGGCCAGUCCUACAUGCAGGGUCAGAGCUACGCGUCGCACGGGCCGUACCCCAGCGCGAGCGUGCAGGUCUAUCCGCACAGCACGGCCUACUCGCAGCCGCAGAGCUACGGCACCAUGGUGCAGGGCUACGGCGGGCAACCGCAGUCGGCCACCGGUUAUCAGCAGAAUCACCUGAAGAAGGGAUCGGUCCGCAACGGCGACGUGUUGAAGAGAUGCCGGCUGCAGACCGCGUACGAAUUGUCGCAGGAUCUGCUCGACAAGCAGAUCGAGAUGCUGGAGCGGAAGUACGGCGGCGUGAAGGCGAGGAACGCGGCGUUGACGAUCCAGCGUGCCUUCCGGAGGUAUACCUUGUUGAAGAAGUUCGCGGCGAUUACGGCGAUGGCCAAGGCGGAGAAGCGACUGAGCAGGAAGCUUCAGGAGGCGACGGAGCGCUCCGGCAACCUCAACGAUCACGAGCGAAUGGUCUACCACAGCCACCAGAUAUACAUACAGCAGCCGCAAUCCGCCAACAGACCGAUGCCGAUCCGAAGCAUGUCUCUGAGAGAGAGGCGGCACGUGGACAGUUCCCAGUCGCCGAUACCGAGAAGCCAGAGCGGCAGAUGCGAGAUUCAAGUGAGCGGCGGCGGCGGCGGCGGUGGUCAUCAUCAGCAUCCGGCGAAUCACAGCCUGCAUCAGAGUGGCGGCGGCAGACAUACGCCUUCGUUGGCGCCUAGCCCGUGCAACAGACACCAGCAAUUACCGCCGAGUCCCUGCUGGGAAUCGAGCUCCCAGGAGAGCGGCUCCAGUAUCCAUUACUACAAUCCACAGGAGGCCCUGUGCGGCCUGAGACAAGAGACACCGCCGAGGGACCUGCUGCGGACGCCGUGCACCUCGCCGUCGACGCCGCAUAAUCUGCAGACGACGAUAUCACAGAACUGGAACAAUGCCAGCCAGCUGGGUCCAGGUAGAACAAGAGGUUCCGGCAAGAAGAUCCCGCCGGAAGUGCCGAAGAGAACGUCCUCCAUCACGUCGAGAUCCAUGGAGCCGCGUCACAAUGGUCUCAGCAAGAGCGUGGAGAACGGCAGUCUCAGUUCGGUGCAGAGCUCCGGCAGCGACUCCACCAACUGCGAGAGCUCCGAGGGCGACGCUCAGCGAGGCUCUCCGGUCUGGAAGCACAAGGGGAUCUCGAGCUCGCCGGAACAUCAGGAGUGUGCGAGUCAUGCCGCGGACGCGACGACGAUCGCCAGCAACGUGAAGGAGCUCGGCCACUCGCACGCCAGCUCCGGCUACCAGCUUCCUCUGAUGGAUCAUACGGAGAGUCUGCCGCAAACCAGCUACAAGGUCUCGGAGACGGUGAGAAAGCGCCAGUACAGAGUCGGCCUAAAUCUCUUCAAUAAGAAGCCGGAGAGAGGGAUCAGUUACCUCAUCAGACGCGGAUUUCUGGAGAACAGCCCGCAGGGGGUUGCGCGAUUCUUGAUCAGCCGAAAGGGUCUGUCCAAGCAAAUGAUCGGGGAGUACCUCGGGAACUUGCAGAACACCUUCAAUAUGGCGGUACUCGAAUGCUUCUCGCACGAGUUGGAUCUCUCCGGGAUGCAGGUGGACGUCGCCCUGCGAAAGUUUCAAGCCUACUUCAGGAUGCCCGGCGAGGCGCAGAAGAUCGAGCGGCUGAUGGAGGUGUUCAGUCAACGUUACUGCCAGUGCAAUCCUGACGUGAUAUCGAGGCUGCGCUCGCCGGACACUGUUUUUGUCCUUGCUUUUGCCAUUAUCAUGCUUAAUACGGACUUGCAUACGCCGAACCUGAAGCCCGAACGCCGAAUGAGACUCGAGGAUUUCGUGAAGAAUCUCCGAGGCAUCGACGAUUGCGGCGACAUAGACAGAGACAUCCUAGUCGGCAUUUACGAAAGGGUGAAGGAUAACGAAUUCAAGCCAGGCUCCGACCAUGUGUCGCAAGUAAUGAAGGUCCAGGCCACCAUCGUUGGAAAGAAGCCAAACAUGGCGCUACCGCAUAGAAGACUGGUCUGCUACUGCAGGCUCUAUGAAAUACCGGACAUUCACAAGAAAGAGAGACCGGGCGUUCAUCAGAGGGAGGUCUUCCUCUUCAACGAUCUGCUUGUCGUCACCAAGAUCCUCAGCAAGAAGAAGAACAGUGUAACUUACACCUUCAGGCAGAGCUUCCCGCUCUGCGGUAUGAUAGUUACGCUGUUCGAGGUCCCUCAUUAUCCAUACGGGAUAAGACUGUCUCAGCGCGUCGACGGGAAGGUUCUAGUCACAUUUAACGCUCGAAACGAGCACGACAGAUGUAAAUUCGUGGAAGACCUCAGGGAGUCUAUCAGCGAGAUGGAUGAGAUGGAGACUCUGCGCAUUGAGACCGAAUUGGAGAGGCAAAAGAGCAGCAGAGGCGCACGAGGCGGCGCGGAGAAUAGGGAUUCUGGCGUCGCGGACGUGGAGAUAUGCCCAUGUCCGGGAACUUGUUCGGAGAGAGCAGAGACGGUCGAUGUCGACACGCAAUUGAAACGUUCCGCCCUCAGUAAUUCCUUGCUCGACAUACACGAGCAGUUUGCUGGUGAAAAGCCGCAGCGCCGUGGAAGCGUGGGUUCUCUAGAUAGCGGUAUGUCUAUUUCCUUUCAAUCUACUUCUGCCAGCUCAAUGAGCCAAGGCAUUAAGCACCCCGGACAAGUCCAUCCUAUUCAUCCAGGGUCUACGAUCCCUGGCGGUGGUAAGGGACUGGCUCAGCAGCCGUCUUUUUUAGGGGGUCUCUUUGCCAAACGAGAGCGAAAGCUAUCGCAAUCUGAAGAGUCCGGUCCUUACAGUCGCACCACGGAAGUAUAAUGUAACUCUUCCAAGUCGUAAAUAAGGUAUCUUUUAACGACACCUCUUUGUAUACCCGAUUCUCCUCUAGCGCGCUUUGUGUGUUCUCCGACGAGAUCGCCGACGAGGCGGCGGCGGCGGUGUUUCUUUUCCGACGCAACGGCGACAACAAUUCUAAAUAGCAAUAAUCAUUCACUCCGAUAUCUAUUCGUGUUGAUGAGAUUGUAGGUCGUCAUUCUUCGCCGUUCGGUAUCAUCGUGCGAUUAUCUCUCGAACUCGAGGUGAGAUGAGGAGGCGGGAAAGCGCGCGCGUUGUAUAAUACACAAGCAGCGAGACUGCCGUGAGAAACUUCAAUUAGUGUACGUAAGUAGAGUUUAGUGUCAUUUUAUACGUACAUCACACACGAAGCGCGCUAAAGCGAACGACAGCUAAAGCGGUCGAGCGCGGAUGUAGAGCUGAGUCCACAUUAAGGGCGCGAGAGUUUGCGAAUCGGAUUGGGCAGGAUCCAAUCGAGAUCACCUGGCAUAUUUAAGCAGAAAGAAAAAUUCUAACUCAUCCCCCUUACCCUCUCCCUCGCCCUACCCGUUCUCUCAGCCCUUCCUCUUUCCCAGUCCCCUCCCAUCUUCGAAACGUGUAUAGUAUUUAUUCAUCUGAGAAGAAGAAGAAGAAGAAGAAGAAGAAGAAGAAGAAGAAGAAGAAGAAGAAGAAGAAGAAGAAAAAGAAGAAGAAGAAGAAGAAAUGGACAUUUUUUUCAUACUGUAUUUAUAAUUUUACCGGACCGCGAUUCGAACGAUAGACAAGUGUAUGUGUGUGUGUGUGUGUGUGUGUGUGUGGAUAAUCGUCACACCUUCGCUUAGUUCUACACUCUUGAUAGUUGGGCGUUAGUGAGUAAAGCAGAAACCUAAUUGAAGAGAGAGAGAAUCGUGUAAAAGUCACACUUUAUCGGAGAGUAUUUUAUUGAGGAAGCCGUAGGCUCCGCGCGCAUCGCUAUCGGCAAGUAUUAUCACGAUUGUCGGAUUCGAGUUUAAUUGUAAAUAGUAGACGUAAUGAUAUAUCCCUCGAACGAGUUAUCACGUGUAACAAAAGAAAGUUUGCGUAAGGGAGAAAAAAAGAAUCGAUAAGCAAUCUCUAUUGAUGUUAGGUGCAUGUUGAUGUCUAACGAUUUUUAUCAUUGAAAAAAAAAAAAACGUGAAGUUUGAAUGUAGCAGUGAGAUAAGACUUAACAUAUAAAUCGUGUUUGUCAUUAUAGCGACCUACUUGGUAAUCACUCUCACGAGAAGUAGUUUUGCUUAUUGUAUGUUGAAAUUUUGACUCAAAGUUGUUCGAAUUUCCGCUAAGGAGAACCGGCAUGUUGAAUAUAUCCGCGAGCGUUUAAUUCGUUUCUCGUUCGGCUACGGGCAGACGAUUGUAGAUCGUAAACGUCGUAAGAGUAAACGCGUAUAGGCUAUAAGAAGACACAACGCGCAAGAAGAAUAUCAAGAAAUUAAAACCAAAAAGAAGAUAGAAAUAUAUAUAUAUAUACACACGUACCACACAUAUACACACACAUACACACACACACACAACACACACACAAAUGAGACAAAGAAGAACGCGCAUGCCUUAUAUACUGCCACGAUAAAACCUCGCGCGACCGAGAGACGAACUAACGAGAUCUUUAGGUACGUAGAAUGGUCGGGAGUUUUUCCAAGAGCAAGUGGAAUUGUAACGACGAACCGACGGUAAUCCGUGUACAUAAAGCGCUGAUCGCGACAUCAGCCAGCUGUAAACAAGCAAGGGCGUUCAUUAAUUUAACGAUUAUCUCCCGUUAAAGCAACGCACCGAUAUAUGUAAGAGGAGAGUGUUUAAUAUAUUUAUUUUAAGUUUUACCCUCAUGUAUUCUGUGCGCUGUCCCUUCAUUUCUUUCUUUUUAAAGUAUUGUGAAUCUUAACACGUGUUUUUAACCACGAGAGGAAGAGAGAGGGGGAAGAGAGAGAGAGAGAGAGAGAGAGAGAGAGAGAGAGAGAGAGAGAGAGAGAGAGAGACCAAAGGAUUUCCGUAAUACACAAGAAGGAGGAGGGAUGCUUUUUCGGUCGACCGUAGUUUCGAUCAGCAAUCAAUUCUGUAAUCAGCAUUAACCCUCAAUUUAACGUCGUAUCUCGUAAAACACACACAUGUGGCACGUAUCAAUGUGCGACGAUCGAAAUGUUGUUCAAAACAAGGCAACUAUACACGGAUACUGAGCAAGAUCCGAUGAUGUAUAUGUGACUUUUUUGAAAAUUUUUCACGUGGCAAGGUACCGUCAAAUUAAGGGUUACCCUAAAUUUAAGAUCCAUCGGCAAGAUAGACGCGCGUUGCGGUCGAUCAAAGACAUUCCAUGCGCAUCAAUUCUACACGCGAUCAAAGGCAUUCUCGCAAACUGUCGGUAUUUCGCGAAGAUUUUGAGAGAGAGAGAGAGAGAGAGAGAGAGAGAGUCUAUUUGCGAUCGUGAGAUGAGAGAAAGUGGAAUCGACAACCGUCAUUAGAGAUACAUAAGUACGUUGCGCUAACAAAACUUUUUAUACACCAUUGCAUGAUCGACUACGUUUUAACUCUGUGCUUACCACGUCUACUAAUAUUGUUAUCAAUUCGACUCUUGAUACGAACGACGACUCGUAAUGCUAAUGCACUUUUUAACGUUGUAAUCGAUCGAAUGUUGAAGUACUCCGUACUAUUUAUAACUCUAAUAAAAAGAAAAAAGAAAAAAAAAACAG